AUGCAGAGAUUUUUGAGCUUUGGCUUUGGCCUUACUUUGACAACAUGUCGCUCCGACCCACAAAGCGAGGGCGACACCUUCAGCACUUUAUUGCCUUGGCUGAACUUUCGACACUUUUUGGAUGGUAGCACCGUGGGCACCAUUGGCACCGUGGGCACCGUGGGCAUCGAGGUUGGGGCAACGUUUUCAAAGCCGCGGGAAGUCCCUCGGCGUCGCGAGUUGAGUCUGGAAAUUUAUCAAAAAGAGUUCGAAGGACAGAUUCCGGUAGUGGUGGAAGGAGCCUAUGAUGAGAUGCCUUGCUUGAAGGAUGGCUGGAUCGAGGAAAACAUCAUGAAGCCUUUCAAAGAUGAGCGUGUCGUAUUCACGGGCCACAAGGAGAAUGAGGAUCGCAUCAUGGGAACCAAGCUGAAGACUUUCCUCAAAAAUGUGAACAAGAAUUCUCAAUCUGCAUGGUCCUACCUACGUGAUGAAUUCUUCCUCCACAGACACCCUCACUUGAUUACUUCUUGCCCUCCACUUCCCCCCUUCUUGAAAAACCAGGAUCAAUUUGCCCUUAUGCCUCUGAAAUUCAUGCCACCGAAUGCAACCCUACUUUGGGGCGGCAGAUAUUCCCGAUCAAAGCUGCACGUGGAUUCGUACAAUUGGACAGGCACCAACGUGGUGAUCCGCGGUGAAAAGUAUUUUCGCUUGAUACCGCCGGGUCACGAUGAGAUGUUGGAGGUGGUGACCAAGAGAUGCCACAUGGCUUUGGAGUGCGUGAGCUAUGAAUCUACCAACGAUCUCUUCGAAAAGGCCGUGCCUCCAGGACUGGUGAAAGUCCUUUGGGAGACGAAGUUGCAGAAAGGCGACGCUUUGAUCAUUCCUUCGGGCUGGUGGCACCAGGCAGUGAAUUUGGGCACAACGCUUGCCAUGGCCAGUGGUCUCAUCACGCCGCGAAGUGGCUCCUGGUCUGCGGUCGCUGAAGUGGUGCGCUUUCAUUCCAAAGUGCACCCAUCGUGGAGAUGGGGCAAGCUGCCACGUCCACCUGAUCCACCUGACGCGACCAACGCCGAUGCAACGGAUGCGACGCGUCGCUUUCGUCGAUUUAUCAAUGCUUUGCCGGAAGGAACUUUCAAAGCUGCUGAGAAGUUUGUCAAAGAGAAGAGUGAGUUCCAGCAGCGUCAAGAACUGUGCAAGGCGGCAUGCAUCAGCGAGUCCUCACCUGGAAAUUGUUUGGUUGUGGCGGAAACGGAGCAAAGCCAGGAACUACAUCAAGUGGUGUUCGGCCAAGCCUGUUGGAAAGAGGAGGAAAAGGGCACUUGGAUGUUGCAUAGCACAGUUGCAAGGCAGCAUGGGCUCCACCAAAGAGAAAAUCCAGAAGCAAAUCUCGAAUACGCAAAGGAGAAGAAGGGAGACGAGACAGAUAGCCAAUGGCAGGUUUUUCCAGGGAAGGUUCCAUGGAUUACCACCACACCAUCUCGUAGAACUACCCUGGGAGUAGAGGCUAUGCAAGGAUCAAUGGAGAAAGAACUGUUGGCAGUUCCUCAGCCUGUGGUAGCUCCAGUUCAGCCGCCCCUUGCCGAAGCCGAGACUUCAUUUUUGACGCGGGAAGAGAUCAAGCUCCUGGACCACCUUCGUGUGUUGCAAGAGAUGGGAGUCGAUUUGGCCGAGAGCAUGACAGCGCAGUUGGAGAAGCUUCAGUUGAAGGAGUCGCAGACUACAGCUGCAAAAGCUUUGUCUCAUGGCCACUUGAAUCGAUUUCACAAAUUGCGAACCCAAGUCACUACAGCUGGGAAAAUCCAAGACGUGGACGCCGGAUGGGAGAAAUUCGUCCAGUCUAUCAUCAUGGAGAAGAUGCAGUCCCAUGCAGUGAUGUACCAAAAGCACAGAUCAGAUCGGCUAAUCGAAGAAGUGCCGGAGAUGCCGGUGGCAGACCAGUUGAGGCAAGCUCAGGAGCUGGUUGCCCAGGCAAGCCAAGUUGGUGGAAUGGUAGACUUGACGGAAGAGGUGGGGGACGAGCCCAUCGAUGUGGAAUCAGCACCAGAAAGCAAGGUCAAAAAAGGAUCUCUGAUGCCCAAAUUUCGAGCAGCAGCAGCAUUGCCGUCAAAGGUUCACAAGCGGGCACAUUGUGCUCAUUCAGAUCAAGAUGCCCUUCAUGCGGGACUGAAGUUGGAGCCCCUGGCUUUCAGAGAUGGAUCCUUUGGCACUGCAGAUGAGAGGUCCCGACGGGUUCUCAUCACUGCAGACACUACUGUGGACAGUUUUGGAGCGGAUUGCUUGCAGGUUUGGUCAGACUUGGGCGAUGGCCGUGUGGUCACUUUUCAUGUGGUCAAACCCAAACCGCCUGGCCUUCCCAGCAAUGUUGCUCAUGUGAUUUUGAUUCAGGGAGAAUUUCAAGGUUAUCGCCCAGCCUUGUACUAUGGCACCACAUUGCCGGUUUUGCAGCGACUUCGUGCUGGCCUUUACAGUGUUGGGGCGAAUAUUGAAGAAUUUUUGAUGUCAUCCAGCAUCCAGAAGCUUGGCUUGGACAUGGGACGGUUAUGGACGGUUUGUUGUUUGUGUUAUCAGCGAGAUGGCAUGGAGAUUUACAAUAAGGACAUGAGGGGCGUGUGGUCGACGGUGAUCAAGGGUCUGGUGAUCAUGGACAAGAAGCAGACAAAGCAGGACCCUGUCGCAAUGGAGCAGGAGAUUGAGGAAGAACAGCCUGCAAUUGCUUUCGCGCCACAGCAUCAAGGUCAUUUGCAAGAUACAGUUGAUGAACUCUUGCAGUUGAAUGGAAAUGAUGGAGCAGGUGACGUCGAGUUGGGAGUAGUGGUUGAGCCUCAGCCUGUGAACACUCAAGCAGGAGGUGGAAUCCCAGGCGGUGUGCUUGCUUCUCCGGGAGCGUCCGCUGCGGCUUUGCAACCAGGCAUUGUGCUUGCUUCUUCGGGAGCAUCCACUGCGCCGUUGCAACCAGAUCCAUUGCCUUGGACGGCAGUUACUUUUGGCUUGGGCCUUGUUGAUCUUGGACGAAGAGGUGCCGAAUUCGAUCCGUAUAACAUUCCGGCCUUACUGGAAAGUAUCUUGCAAGCAUGGAAUGAUCAUGCUGCGUAUGGCAAUCUGGUGCUGUUCAACGUUUACCCUCAACCCAUUGGUGCCGUAGGGCCCAAAGCGAUCGCGAUCAUUGUGGAAACCGACAUGCCAGAUGCAUAG